GAGGUAAGCAAGGUCAUGAAGAUGACACUGCUGGCCUUAGUUUUGUGGUCACUGCUCCUCCAUCCAGGGCUGAUGUUCUGGACCUCCCAGAUCAGUCAGAACUGCAACAAUGGCAGCUAUGAGAUCAGCGUCCUGAUGAUGAACAACUCGGCCUUCCCAGAGACCUUGGAUACCUUGAAAGAAGCGGUGAAUGAGGGAGUGCAAAUGGUGAGACAGCGUCUGCUCAAUGCUGGCAUAAAUGUGACUGUGAAUGCUACCUUUCUCUAUUCGAAUAGUUUGAUUUACAAGUCAAGUGACUGCCGGAGUAGCACCUGUGAAGGUCUUGACCUACUCAGGGAAAUUUCAAAUAAAAAACAGAUGGGCUGUGUCCUUGUGGGGCCCUCGUGUACAUAUUCCACCUUCCAGAUGUACCUUGACACAGAUUUGAACUAUCCCAUGAUUUCAGCUGGGAGUUUUGGAUUAUCUUGUGACUACAAAGAGACUUUAACCAGGCUGCUGUCUCCAGCUAGGAAGCUGAUAUACUUCUUGGUUAACUUUUGGAAGGCCAAUAAUUUGCCAUUCAAAAAUUUUUCUUGGAACACUGCGUAUGUUUUCAAAAAUGGCACCGAGACUGAGGACUGUUUCUGGUACCUCAAUGCUCUGGAGGCUGGAGUUUCCUAUUUUUCUCAGGAACUUAGCUUCAGAUAUGUGAGAGGAAAUGACCAGUUUCAGGAUAUCUUAAUGAACCAGAACAGGAAAAGCAAUGUGAUUGUUGUGUGUGGUACACCAGACACGAUCAAGUCCCUCAAGGGUGACCGGGCAGUGGCUGAAGAUAUUGUGAUUAUUCUAGUGGAUCUAUUCAAUAACGUAUACUUCGCGGAUAAUGUCACCGCCCCAGACUAUAUGAAAAAUGUCCUUGUCCUGACAUUGCAUCCUGAGAAUUCCACUUCAAAUAGCUCUUUCUCCAAAAACAUAAGCAGAGCAAAAAAUGACUUUGCUCUUGCCUACUAUGGAGUCUUGCUCUUUGGACACAUGCUGAAGAUAUUUCUUGAAAAUGGAGAAGCUAUUACCACCCCCAAAUUGCUCAUGCCUUCAAGAAACCUCACUUUUGAAGGGCAUGCGGGUCCUGUGACUUUGGACAACUGUGGGGAUAUUGACAACACUAUGAUGCUUCUGUACCUCCGUGGAUACCACAAAUACAACGUUCUAUUGACCUAUGACACCCAUGUAAAUAGGACUACUCCAAAGGAAGAAACCCCCACAUUCAUCUGGAAGAACCACAAACUUCCUAAUGAUAUCCCAGGCGAGGGCCCUCAAGCCCUGUUGAUUGCGGUCUUCACCCUCACAGGAGCUGUGGUUCUGCUCCUCCUCAUCGCUCUUCUGGUGCUGAGGUACCUGUCACCCUCUUUAAUACUUCGUCAGAAAAAAUGGUCCCACAUUCCUCCUGAAAAUAUCUUUCCUCUGGAGACCAAUGAGACCAACCAUGUUAGCCUGAAGAUCGAUGAUGACAAGAGACGAGACACAAUUCAGAGACUCCGACAGUGCAAAUACGACAAGAAGCGAGUGAUUCUAAAGGAUCUGAAGCACAAUGAUGGCAAUUUCACUGAGAAACAGAAGAUAGAAUUGAACAAGUUGCUUCAGAUGGACUAUUACAACCUAACCAAGUUCUACGGCACCGUGAAGCUUGAUACCAUGAUCUUUGGGGUGAUCGAAUACUGCGAGAGAGGAUCCCUCCGGGAAGUUUUAAAUGACACCAUCUCCUACCCUGAUGGUACAUUCAUGGAUUGGGAGUUUAAGAUCUCGGUCUUGUAUGACAUUGCUAAGGGCAUGUCAUACCUGCACUCCAGUAAGACCGAAGUCCAUGGCCGCCUGAAAUCCACCAACUGUGUGGUAGACAGUAGAAUGGUGGUAAAGAUCACUGAUUUUGGCUGCAGUUCCAUUUUGCCUCCAACAAAAGACCUGUGGACAGCCCCGGAGCACCUCCGCCAGGCCAGCACUCCCAGAAAAGGAGAUGUGUACAGCUAUGGGAUCAUUGCCCAGGAGAUCAUCCUGCGGAGAGAAACCUUCUACAUGAGCUGCCGGGAUGAGAAUGAGAAGAUUUUCAGAGUAGAGAAUUCCAAUGGAGUAAAACCCUUCCGCCCAGAUCUGUUCCUGGAAACGGCAGAGGAAGAAGACUGGAAGUGAGUCUAUCUACUUGUAAAAAACUGCUGGGAGGAAGAUCCAGAGAAGAGACCAGAUUUCAAGAAAAUUGAGUCUACGUUGGCCAAGAUAUUUGGCCUAUUUCACGACAAAAAAAAUGAAAGUUAUAUGGACACCUUGAUCCGACGUCUACAGCUGUAUUCUCGAAACCUGGAACAUCUGGUGGAGGAAAGGACGCAGCUGUACAAGGCAGAGAGGGACAGAGCUGACAGACUCAAUUUUAUGUUGCUUCCAAGGCUGGUGGUCAAGUCUCUGAAGGAGAAAGGCAUUGUGGAGCCUGAAUUGUAUGAGGAAGUUACAAUCUACUUCAGUGACAUUGUAGGUUUUACCACCAUCUGCAAAUACAGCACCCCCAUGGAAGUGGUGGACAUGCUCAAUGACAUCUAUAAGAGUUUUGACCACAUUCUUGAUCACCACGAUGUGUACAAGGUGGAAACCAUUGGUGAUGCCUACAUGGUGGCCAGUGGUUUGCCUAAGAGGAAUGGCAAUAGGCAUGCAAUAGACAUUGCCAAGAUGGCCUUGGAUAUCCUCAGCUUCAUGGGGACCUUCGAGCUAGAGCAUCUUCCCGGUCUCCCAAUAUGGAUUCGUAUUGGCGUUCAUUCUGGUCCCUGUGCUGCUGGAGUUGUGGGAAUCAAGAUGCCUCGUUAUUGCCUAUUUGGAGAUACCGUCAACACAGCCUCUAGGAUGGAAUCCACUGGCCUCCCCUUGAGAAUUCAUGUGAGCGGCUCCACGAUAGCCAUCCUGAAGAGAACUGAAUGCCAGUUCCUAUAUGAAGUGAGAGGGGAAACAUAUUUAAAGGGAAGAGGAACCGAGACUACCUACUGGCUGACGGGGGUGAAGGACCGGGAGUACAACCUGCCAACACCUCCUACUGUGGAGAAUCAGCAGCGCUUGCAAGCCGAAUUUUCCGACAUGAUUGCCAACUCUUUGCAGAAAAGACAGGCGGCGGGGAUAAGAAGCCGAAAACCAACACGGGUGGCCAGCUACAAAAAAGGCACUCUGGAAUACUUGCAGCUGAACACAACAGACGAGGAGAACACCCAUUUUUAAACCAAAAUGAAGUCCAAGAACUCAGCAAAUUAAGUACAGCCUCACUUAGCGGCCUCAAGUGUCCCAGAGACCUAAUGCAAUAGAAGACUUGGAUACUACACUCUGCUUCGCCUUGGCUGCCCUGUCUGGAACACAGACUUGCCUCUAUGAAUCAGAUGUGUGCUCUCAGCACAAAAAUUACCUUUUACUCUGGAGUCUGACCUCAACAGUGACUCCAGGGAGCUUCCACCUGGGAAAGAAGAGGAAUGGAUGUACUAUCUCUAGGUUGAAGAGAUUGUGUUCUUACUUCAUCUGUUUUGUUUUCGUUUUUGUUUUGUUUACUGACUCAUUUUCCUUCUGCAUUCAUGAGAGGAGUUUUUUAAAUUGUCACAAUUAUAUCUUAAAUAACUUUUCUCCAUUAAACUAUAUUUAACUCAUAAUUUUUGAAGGAAGCAUGCUACAUGUUAGGCAGGAAUAAAAGUUAAAAAUUUACUGAGUCUGUGAAUGUGUUUCCACCUGCUCCAGCCAUUUCCCUGAAAUGCUGCAGCCAUCGUCUUGUGCUUGCUGAGAAACUGUGCUUGCUAAAUUCCCCAGCACUGAAGUCAGGCAAAGCCAGCACUGUGGCUCAGGGCCAAAAACCUUGAUGUUUAGUAUCACCUGCUCCACAUGAGGUGAUUUCACAUGUAGCCUUCUACCACGGGAGGCGGGACGGACCUACAGUUGUCUCCGGUCUGAGACAAAGAUCAAAUGUUACUUCCCGGUAAAUACAAAGUCCAGUAAAACCUUGGAUUGUGA